UUAACUCCUUCCCAUCCAGUGCCACCAGACCAGCCAAGACUUACUGUGUCCAAAACCACAUCUUCUUCUAUCACUCUUUCCUGGAUACCUGGAGACAAUGGUGGUAGUUCUAUCCGAGGUUACAUACUGCAGUACUCUGAAGAUAAUAGUGAGCAGUGGGGUAGUUUUCCCAUUAGCCCUAGUGAACGGUCCUACCGUUUAGAGACGUUGAAAUGUGGUACCUGGUACAAGUUCACACUAACUGCUCAGAAUGGAGUGGGACCAGGACGCAUCAGUGAGAUCAUAGAGGCCAAAACACUUGGAAAAGAGCCACAGUUUUCCAAAGAACAAGAACUCUUUGCCAGUAUUAACACCACUCGAGUACGAUUGAACCUUAUUGGCUGGAAUGAUGGUGGUUGUCCAAUCACUUCCUUUACCCUGGAGUACCGGCCAUUUCGGACCACAGUAUGGACAACAGCUCAGCGGACGUCACUUUCUAAGUCCUACAUACUAUAUGACCUCCAAGAAUCAACUUGGUAUGAACUGCAAAUGAGAGUGUGCAACAGUGCAGGCUGUGCAGAGAAACAGGCCAAAUUUGCCACACUCAACUAUGAUGGCAGUACAAUCCCUCCACUCAUUAAAUCAGUUGUCCAAAGUGAGGAAGGUCUGGCGACCAACGAAGGGCUAAAGAUGCUGGUGACCAUUUCCUGUAUCUUGGUGGGGGUCUUGCUGCUUUUUGUGCUUCUGCUGAUUGUGCGAAGGAGGAGGAGGGAGCAGAGACUGAAGAGACUCAGAGAUGCAAAGAGUUUGGCUGAAAUGCUUAUGAGUAAGAACACCAGGACCUCAGAUACACUUAACAAGCAGCAGCAGACACUGAGGAUGCACAUAGAUAUUCCCAGAGCUCAGCUUCUGAUUGAAGAGAGGGACACAAUGGAGACCAUUGAUGACAGAUCAACAGUGUUAUUAACUGAUGCUGAUUUUGGAGAGACAUCUAAACAGAAGUCAUUGACAGUUACUCACACAGUACAUUACCAGUCUGUCUCACAAGCUACUGGACCAUUGGUUGAUGUUUCUGAUGCCCGACCAGGAACAAAUCCUACUACAAGAAGGAAUGCAAAAACUGGGCCAACAGCUCGCAACAGGUACGCUAGUCAAUGGACUCUCAACAGACCCCAUCCCACUAUAUCAGCCCAUACCCUCACCACAGAUUGGAGGCUGCCAACACCCAGAGCUGCAGGAUCAGUAGACAAGGAAAGUGACAGCUACAGUGUCAGCCCCUCACAGGAUACAGAUCGAGCAAGAAGCAGCAUGGUCUCCACAGAAAGUGCCUCCUCUACGUACGAAGAGCUAGCGAGAGCAUAUGAACAUGCUAAGAUGGAAGAGCAGCUGAGACAUGCCAAGUUCACAAUUACAGAAUGCUUUAUAUCAGACACAUCAUCGGAACAGCUAACGGCAGGGACUAAUGAAUACACAGACAGUCUGACCUCAAGCACACCAUCAGAAUCGGGGAUCUGCAGAUUUACUGCUUCACCCCCCAAACCUCAGGACGGAGGGCGCGUGAUGAACAUGGCAGUUCCAAAGGCACAUCGGCCAGGUGACCUCAUGCAUUUGCCACCGUAUCUUAGAAUGGACUUUUUGUUGAACCGAGGCGUUUCAGGCACUAGCAGAGACCUGGGUUUGGGCCAAGCCUGCUUGGAACCUCAGAAAAGCCGAACCUUGAAGCGUCCCACAGUUCUGGAGCCGAUACCUAUGGAAACAUCCUCCACAAGAGAAGUACAGUCAUGGCAACCUGGUGCCGUGGCAACAUUACCUCAGCGAGAAGGGGCUGAGCUAGGACAGGCAGCUAAAAUGAGCAGCUCCCAAGAAUCCCUGCUGGACUCCCGGGGCCACUUGAAAGGAAACAAUCCCUACGCAAAAUCUUACACCCUGGUAUAACAAAAAGAGCAUGGCUGGACAGUGGCUGUAAAUACUUACAAUUAAAAAAAACAAUCAAAGCUACCUUUUUUAUUGAAUUCCAAUAUUUAUAAUUAAAGAAGAUUGCCAAAAUAUUUGAAAAAAAAUGCAAACUAUAGACAGUGCAAAGACUCUCCUGCUUUUUUUCUGUCUGAGCGUGAGCUUCAUCUGACUGGACAUCUGAAUUUUUGGGUAAAAGAAGUCCAGUUUUCUGAUCUUCACAAGCUUUUGUGUUUUUACUGAUUUUCUACAAAGUGCAUGGGGACUAAAUAAAACAUUUUAACUGGAAGUUCCAUCACACAAGAUUAAAAAGAAGGAAAACAAAUCACCCUAUUUGUGAAUUUAACAGGGAGAUUGAUCUGGGAAAUCAAAAAGUCUUUUGUCAUGUUUGCACACUUUUUUUUUUAAUUAGAAAAUGGGCCCUUGAUCGAUCUUUUUGUUUUGUUGUUAAUUAGGAUGAGUGCUGUCAGUGGAGUGUAGGGGAUCAAUUUGCUUUUGGUUUUUCUUUUCUUUUUUUUCAAAUAAUUUAAUGAGACACUCUUUGCAUUUUGUCUAU